AUGCACUCUGAAAUUGGGAGGAUUUUCUCUGCCGCAUCACUUUGCGAUACUCAAACACGACCAAUCAUUGGCAUCAUCUUUGAACAAAGCGCAAUUGCAAAGGAUGAAACUUCACGGAUGACGUGGAAUGGCCGAUCUAGAGUUGGAAAAGCUGCAAUUGGGGUUUGCAUAAGAUUUCUUGCGCAGCUCUAA